AUGGAUGUUGCUGUCGUGUCAAUCUACAAUGUCUAUCAAAUCUUCUUGGUAAGCAUUUGGCUUGAAGUAAAAGCUGAUGACAGUGAACUUCUAAGGACAAAUUCGUUCAUCCUUAGAUCUCCGUCUGUGUAUACAUUUCGUGUGGGUGCUCACACUCUAAAAGAUGGAACAAAAUAUGAUGUAGAAGACGUAAAAGUCCAUGAACAUUAUCAACCUUCUAAAAACUACCACGAUAUUGCUCUUAUAAAGGUUAAACAAGCAGUCAGACUAAGUAAUAAAGUUACACCAGUCUGUUUACCUGGGCCUUCUCUUGUUGAUGAAGACUUUAUUGGAAGAAAAGCUACUGUUACUGGUUGGGGAGAUAAGUCAUUCGGAGGAGUGAGCAGUAAAGUACUUCAACAAGUUUCCAUCCCUGUUGUGUCCAACAAGGACUGCAACAGCGUUUACACAAAAGUAGCGUCGUCACAGUAUCCACAAGGUAUCACUAGAGGGCAGGUCUGUGCCGGAUUGUCUGAAGGAGGCAAAGAUGCAUGUCAGGGUGAUUCUGGAGGACCUCUGGUGCUACAAGAUAGUGGACGAUGGACAUUAGUGGGAAUUGUGUCAUUUGGAUUUAACUGUGCUGAAGCAGGGUACCCUGGAGUUUAUACUAGGGUCUCGCACUAUAUAAGAUGGAUUGCUGCAAACACUGACUUAGGAAAAUAAUUUAUUUGAUUAAUUUGCCCUCUUUUAACCAACAAUAAGUUAUCGUAAAGAAGCUUACCAUUCAAAUAAGAUUUUUAAAAUUUAAAAUUGCAUUUUAAUUGUGAGCUUAAAAUCUCUGCAUAACUAAAACAGUCAUAAAGAGUAACGUAAUCAUUUAAUUUUUAUGUUAAAAUAUUGUAUUUGCAAAUAUAGAUUACAGUAUUUCAGUUAAAAGCUACAUUUAGUUAUACAACAUUUUUAUAUCGAUAUAUUUCAAAAUCAUAAUAUUCACAUCACGCUAUCAGCUAUAUAUGUUUUAAUGUAGAGUUUAGAAACCUAUCAUGAAAGUAAAAUGUUCCAGUAAAUAAUACUGUAGUGUUAGAAUGGCUCUAUCGUUCAGUGUUACGUUUAUUUUAUUAUGAUGAAUUAUUGCAUUUUU